AUGGUCAUCACCAGGAGCCAAGGAGACGCUGCCGAGAUGGACGCCCAGCGCCGCCCAGAGGAGCCGCACCGCUCAGAGGAGCUGCGCCGCCCUGGCACCCCCCGCCGCCUAGAUCAGCGUCGUCCAGACCUGCGCCGCCCAGAGGACCUGCGCCGCCCAGAGGAUCUACGUCGCCCAGAGGAUCUGCGCCGCCCAGGGGAACAGCAACGCUUGGAAGAUCAGCAGCACAUGGAAGAACAGCAACACCUGGAAGGUCAACCCCGUGUGGAAGAUUGGAGCCAGGGAGCUGAACAAAUUGAACUGGAGCGAAGACGAAGACUGUCUCUGAAUCCACCAGCAUCACCAACCACGCCCAUGGAUACGGAGGUUGGGCUAGGGGCUACGAACGACGCCUCUGCCCCCACAACCUCUGCUGCCUACAGACCCUUGAAGACUGGAGACCGACCCCGAACCAGGUCACCAGGGCAUUCAGUGCGAUCGACGGCAAGCGUGGCUGCUAGAGUACGGCUGGCAGAACUUGAAGCUGCAGAGAAGCUUGCAGCCCUGAGGAAGAAGGAAUUGGAGAUCGAAGCUGAACUCGUCAGAAAGCGACUGGCUGCAGACAUCACCAAUAUCCAAGAGGAGCAGGAGAGCCUGCAUGAAGAGAACCUCGACCACCAACAGAAGGUGGACACAUGGCUCCGCACCAACCCCGUCAGUGCACGGGGGGAGGAGGAGGAGCAGAGAAGGAGGGGAGGGGAACAACACCUCCGGUUCAACGUUAGAGGAAGAUCACCCACUCCGACCAGAAGGAAACCAGGGAUUGAGCAUUUGGCUGAAGCCCUAGAGAAGAUGGCUAGACCCAGAAUAAGAUGCGCUGACCUACCGAUCUUUUCUGGAAUAGCCAACGAGUGGCUGUCGUUCAGAGCAGCCUAUCAAGACUCUACGAGGAUAUACCAGAUAUCAGCGAACGAGAACCUGCAGAGACUGAGGAGCUGCCUGCGGGGAGAAGCAAGAAACGUCGUAGCCGGCCUGUUACAUGCCGCUACAGAUCCUGACGUCGUGAUGAAGACCCUCGAACAGUGCUUCGGAAGGCCUGAGGUCAUCAUAGAUCAAGCCUUCCUGGAAUUAAAGAAGCUUCCGAGACCCGGAUCAUCAGCAGUAGACCUGAACAGUUUUGCAGUGAAGGUUCAAAGCGUAGUCAGCAUCCUGAACAGCAUCGGACGCCAGGGCUACCUCUACAACCCAAUGCUUGCGAGAGAGGUCUUGGACAAACUGAGUCCACACAUCAGAGCACGCUGGUGUGACUACGCCGAGGAACAUGAAGUUACACUACAACCAGAGAUUGUAGUGCUGUCUCGCUUUCUCAUGCGCGAGGCAGACCGGGCAUUGAAGCAUGCAAAUGCCCCACCUAUGAGCGUCUCAACACCUGCUGCAACCCGGAGGGAGACCAGACCCUCGAUGAACACCGGGAACCAGAGGAAGAAGAUGAGCGCCGUGUAUAACGUGACUGAAGCUGAAGAGGAACAAGUCAGCCAAUGUCCUAGCUGUGAGCAGACUCACGCACUGCCACAGUGCCCCAAGUACAAAGGGCUCUCGCUAGAUGAACGAUGGGAACUGGUGAAGGAAAAGAAGUUAUGCUUCAAGUGCAUAACUAAGAAGCACAGACGCAGCAAUUGUAAAGCGAAGCUAUGCGGUGUGAACGAGUGUCGCAGUCCACACCAUCCGACCCUGCACCGAGAGGAGAAGACACCCAAACCCUUGAUAAAUGAAACCGAAGCCGUGCUGUCGGUGGCAACCAAAGCCACUGUGUCAACUCAAGCGGUUCUUCUGAAGAUGUGCCCAGUCACCGUCGUCGGGCCACGGGGGGAGGAGAAGACCUAUGCUCUACUGGACGAAGGGGCUACCAUCACCCUCAUCGACGAGGAGCUGGCAAAGAAAAUCGGCGCCAAGGGACCUCUCACACCACUUCACAUGCACGGGGUCAACAUGACUCAGCACGAGGAAGAUAGUCAGCUGGUUACGGUACACCUGGAGGGGAAGGAUGGAAAGAGACACAAGCUUCGAGCACGAACGAUCAAGAACAUGAAGCUUCACCAGCAGUCCAUUCCCAGCGCGUUACUGAAGCAAGAGCACCUACGAGAUCUGCCAAGAGAGGAAGUGUGCUACGACCAGGCACACCCUGGCAUCCUGGUGGGGACAGACCACUGGGAGUAUAUUGUACCCCGGGAACUACGAGUUGGAGGCCCGAAUCAACCAGCCGCCUCUAGAACACAACUCGGCUGGGUGGUACAUGGAACAGCACCACGCAGCGUAAUCCAUAACCAGGAUGGCGUUCUUCAUGUCUUCACUGUCGAACCUGGUGGAGGCUUGAAGAAGCAGCAAGAUCAACGCCUUCAUGACCUGGUGGAGGAACAUUUUCGGAUCGACGCGCUCGGCAUCGCUCACAAGUCACGGGUGAGCGAGGUGAACUCCCGGGCAACAAAGAUCGUCGAGCAAACCUUAAAGAAGGUCGAAGGUGGAUACCAGGUGGGAUUGCCCUGGAAACAAGACGACAUUAAGAUGCCGCCUAGUUUCGACGCAGCACUUCGCCGUCUUACGAAGAUAGAACAGAAGAUGGAGUGGGAUGAACCAAUUCCUGCAGAAGAAAACGAAAUGUUUGAAGCGUGGCUGCGGCAGUUACCCGACCUCACCUGUCUGCGACUGGAACGCUGCUACGCCCUGGAGGGCUACCAGGGCCUGGAGCUACAUGUAUUUUGUGACGCCAGCGAGCAAGCCUACUCAGCCGUGGCUUAUUGGCGUGUCACACGACCCAAUGGAGCAAUUGCCAUAAGCCUCGUGACCGCCAAGGCGAAGGUGGCUCCAAGGCGCACACAAACGAUACCUCGCCUGGAGCUACAAGCAGCAGUCAUCGGCGCCAGACUGGCGGAAACUAUAAAGAAAGAGCAUCGUGUGGAGGUCCAGAGGACAAUGUAUUGGACCGACUCCACAACUGUCAUUCAUUGGAUACGGCACGACGCGCGGAGGUACACACCGUUCGUCGCGCACCGGCUCGGAGAGUUGGCCGAGCUGACACAACCAGAAGAGUGGCGAUGGGUCCCGACCAGCGAUAAUGUAGCUGACGACGCUACACGAUUUGCGCACACUCGCAUCACCAGUGACGACCGAUGGUUCCGGGGACCAGAAUUCCUACGUCAGCCAGAGGAACUAUGGCCGGUCGACGAACGAUCGACAGAGGAGGAGGAGGUCCUACUGCACGUGACCACAGAGGACCAGCAGGGUGACGAGUGGUUGCCGGAUCCUGCGCGCUUCUCCGAGUUCGAGACACUGGUCAGAGCAGCCGCGAGGGUGUUAGUGUUCGUGGACAAGUGUCGGCGUCGGGCUACGGGACUGGAGCAUCGACACAUCGAAAAGGCCGAGACCGCACUCAUACGCCGCGCUCAAAAAGACAGCUUUCAAGAAGAGCUGCUACGGAUGAAGGCCUCACAUCCACUUCCCAAGGCGAGCCGACUGUUCCGGCUGGAUCCAGUGCUAGAGGAGGGAAUAUUGCGGGUGCGAGGCCGUAUAGGAGCCGCCACUGCACCGCUCGAGGUGAAGCGACCCAUCAUCCUCGACGGACGCCACCGCGUUACUAAGCUUCUAGUGCUACGAGAGCAUUGCGCUGCGGGUCACGCUAACCGUGAGCGUGUGACCAACGAUCUGAGGCAGCGAUAUUGGAUUAUACACCUACGGCCUACUGUGCGCACCAUAGAAAGGGAGUGCGCCCUCUGCAGACAAAUCUACAGGGGACCUGAUGGCGGCGUGCGAGUAGCGGAUAUCCAGACGAAGACCGGAGUCUUCAAGCGUCCCGUCACGAAGCUCGUCGUGCUCGUGAAAGAGGAGGCUCGCAGCGCUACGCCGGGGGGAGAACUGUUACGGACGACGAGCAACGAG